AGGCUGGUUGAAAAAGAGGCCUUCACGAGGAGGACAAUAUGGCUUCUAGUGAAGGGGAAAUAAAAGUCAAUUCGAGCAAAUCAAGCGAUGUUGUAAAUGGAAAUAGCACUGAUGUAGUUUGUUACAACUUUACAAAUAGAAUAUUUAUUCUUCUUACACAAUUUCAACGACCAGGAACAAUGAUUCAUAUUGAAAAACAAGAUUCCUGCCAAGAUGUCUAUUCAAAUCAAGAUAUAAUUGACAUAUCCACUGAUGUGUUGCUUGGUGUUGAUGAUCCAAUCUAUCAAGUGUAUGCAAAGAAAAUUGCAUCAGUUGUUUUCAAGGAGACAAAAAAACCUAUUCUUCUUGCAAUUGCCUUGAAAGACAAAAGCCCACCCAGCAUUCCACUCCUGUCUGGCCUCGUUUUAAAAAACAAUGUAUGGUCAUAUUGAGGCACAGACUUAACUGUCCUUGGAGCAACCAGUCUAAUGCAGAUAUCCUAGUAUAAUGAAGACCUGGCUACAGUAUAUACGGCUAAAGGUAUCAACUGUUUAACAUGUUGCAUUGAGAUACCCAUUGUCAAUACAGGGUUUUGGCUGUCAUCCUAAAAUGCUGAUAUGUAGCUGUGUUGCUUGGUUGCUUCUUAUUUCAUUUUGAAUGAGAAAGUGAUUCGUCAGGGACUCUUCAUGACAAAUAACAGUUUCACAUUCUUCUGUUUGGAGGCAUUGAGUCAUGGUAAAUAGGCCUUCUCUAUAGGGGGUCAUUCUGCAGUUUCAUAUGAUAAAGACAUCAAUUGUUGACAACUUGCUGUUAAUGGAAACUGUUUUUUUUAAUCAGUACAAGUUGAGUUCAUGUGACCAGUUCCAAGCCAACCAAUUGCAUAAUAGCACUAAAAUCAUGACUCAGUAGAU